AUGCGGUUUGCUUUCAACUCCCACAUAAACCCCAUCGCCAUCAGUGCAAUGAUACGCGUUGGCGCGGCACCUUUGUUCUUCUUUAUACUACUUAUAACCGUCGGGGUCUUAUCAGCGCCCCAACAAGAAGGUGGUUCAAACGGCGGCUUGGACUCCUUUAGUCUUAUUAAUGUCAACCCACUUUUGCCCCCACCCAGAUUAAAGGUAUACCGAGGUAAAUGGAGUCCGCUACUACGGCAACAUCUUCCAAUUACAAAACGAGUUCUUCGUGGUGGUCGACACAUAUGCCGCAUUGAAGUUGAGGAGUUAGCUCCAAUAUUCUCAAUUGUUGGACAUCUCGAGCCCAAGGUAAUUAAUUACAUGUUUAAUUAA